GUUUAGUUCAAUCAAAUGGUGCAUAUACAGAUUCAACAACAUAUUUGAAAAUGAAAGAUUAUUUGAGACAAAUACUAUAUACUUAGUUGUAGUUUAACCUGAUAUUAUUAUUUUCUUUGCCAUGUUCUGCACUCGUGUUGACAGAUGGUCUCUAUUAUGCCUAUACGUGUGAGUGCCCGGUCGCACUAACAGGAGCGCGCACGUGGCUGUCAGCAGUAGGAAAUGCAGACGAUUUGUGCUAAAUGUCCAACAGCAGCACGACCACACUGAUUGUGAAGGACAGUUUGGGAGAAAGGAAUACCAUUUGGUCGUAAAAUGAUAUACAUUUGUAAGAUUUAAACGCUCUGCAAGUUAUGUCAGAGAGUAACACAGACAGCUAGGUUAACAACACCCGCCUAACAUCAUUAGCCAGCAAGCUAGGCUAACUAGCUAGCUAGUUUUGGGGGACAUUGCGCCUCCUAACCUGCUCAGCCGUUAUCUAUUUAUUUUCCUUUUUGUUGCCUGGACAGUCCAGCUUCUCAUUGUCGUGUUUUCAUUGAACGGAGGAGCUUAGCGGACCGGAGCUGUGGGGGGCCCGCAGACAAACCCCCUGCCCUGGGCGUCCAGGCGGACGGAUCACGUAGACACAAGGGCCGUGGGAGAAAAUAAGGAGGCGCCAUGGCCGAAAUCUCCGCCCUUAUCCCCUCACCUCCAGCUAUAGGUGACACACAUGCUGCCCCCUCCUUCCCCAUACCCUCUACUGCCCCCCCUCCUCCCAGCAGCAGCACCCCAGAGCCCCCUAAGGAGAACCCCAUCCCCAAGUCGUCUCUGUACGGUGACAAAGCUUCUCUGACAUUAACUGUACCAGGAGAGACGCUUCCUUCUCACCCUCCUUCUCCCAAGUCUCCCAAGAGGGGGGGGAGAGGACCUCCACCGAGUCCCCCCAAACGCGUCUCAUCAGCGUUAACUCCAGAGACUCCAGUGCCCUCACCUCUAAUACCCCCAGAGAGACCUGCCCCCUUCCCUGUAAUAGCCCUAGAUACUCCUGCCAUCCCACCUGUAGAUGUAGUAUUGCGGCAGAGGGAGGGAGUGAAGGAGACAGACAUGGAGGCAGUGUUGGCUGUAAAGCAGGAAGUGAGUAACCCAGGGGGCAAGGAGCUGUUAAAUGCCCCCUCAGAGGGCCCGACACAGGCCCACAGUGAGCAAGAGGUACAGGGGGUAACACAGCAGACUACCAGCCCCUCCUCCUGUCUUAAUCUCACCCCUAAUCUCUACCCCAGUGUUCAUGUCACUGUGAACACUAAUCCUGCUACUGAUUAUGCUCAGCCUCAGUCUAUGGUGGAAUCUCCCCCUCCUCCAGACUCCACCCAAGCAGCUGCAGCCCCUGAAGCACAAAAUCCUCAGCCACCAGAAGAAAGCCAAAACCCUCACCCAAACCCUCAACCCCCUCCCAAACUGGACACCCCCAGCCUGUCUCCCAUACCUGAGACCUCAAGCCAAUCUCCCAGAAGGGCAGAGCUACCCAACACCCCCUCCAGAGCAGGGCACCCCAGCCCUCCAGUGAUCCAGGAACCUGUCUCCCUCUCCCUGCCCUACCCCAGAGCCCCAGCCCCAGACACCCUCAGCUACCUGGAGUCAGCCAGCAUGAUGUCAGGGACCCUGGAGUCUCUGUCUGGCCUGGGGGAGGAUGGAAGCUCUAUCGGGUCAGACUCAGAGAUCAACGGCCUGGCUGUCAGACGCACUGACAAAUAUGGCUUCCUCGGCGGGACCCAGUACAGCGAGGGCAGGUGGGCAUGUGAUAAGGACAUCAGAGUUGAUGUAGCACGGCAGAGAGAGCUGAAAUGGCUGGACAUGUUCAACAAUUGGGACAAAUGGAUCUCAAGACGCUUCCAAAAGGUGAAGUUGCGCUGUAGGAAGGGGAUCCCCUCUUCUCUCCGGGCUAAAGCCUGGCAGCUGCUCUCCAACAGCAAGGAGCUCCUGGACUCCAACCCCGGCAAGUUUGAGGAGUUGGAGAGGGAGCAGGGAGACCCUAAAUGGUUGGACAUUAUAGAGAAGGACCUGCAUAGACAGUUCCCCUUCCAUGAGAUGUUUGCUGCUCGCGGUGGACACGGGCAGCAGGAUCUGUACCGGGUACUGAAAGCCUACACAGUGUACAGACCUGAAGAGGGAUACUGCCAGGCCCAGGCCCCGGUGGCUGCUGUCCUGCUCAUGCACAUGCCUGCUGAGCAUGCCUUCUGGUGUCUGGUGCAGAUCUGUGAGACGUACCUGCCUGGAUACUAUAGUGCUGGAUUGGAAGCAAUCCAGUUGGAUGGAGAGAUCUUCUUCUCUCUGCUACGUCGUGUCUGUCCCAUGGCCUACCGUCACCUGAAGAAGUUUAAGAUCGACCCCAUUCUCUACAUGACCGAGUGGUUCAUGUGUGUCUUCUCACGCACCCUGCCGUGGUCCUGUGUGCUACGUGUGUGGGACAUGUUCUUCUGUGAGGGAGUGAAGAUAGUGUUCCGUGUGGGCCUGGUGCUGCUCAAGCAGAUGCUUGGCUCGGUGGAUAAACUGCGGGAGGUCCAGGGCAUGUACGAAACCAUGGAGCGCCUCAGGAACAUCCCACCUGAGUCUGUCAGAGAGGACCUAUUGGUGCAGGAGGUGGUGUCCCUGGCGGUGACCGAGGCUCUGAUUGAGAGGGAGUGCAGUAUUCAGGUAAGGAAGUGGAGGGAGUCCAGGGGCGAACUGACCCACCAGCCUGUCCGAAGGCUCCACGGGACACGGGACAUCCACGAGCACAAGCGUCGGGCCUCCGCCAUCAGCUCCGGGGGUAGCUUCUCCUUCCUGGGGUCCAUCCCCCCUCCAGGGCCCCUCAGGGCCUCCUCCAGCCUGCUCUCCCUCCCCGGCUUCCGCAAGUCCAAAACCCCCUUCCACUCUCAGAAGAAGGGCUCCUUCUCUGGGGCCUCUGGGAUGGAGGCCAUGCAGCGACAGAACCCCUCCCACAAACCACCCAUGUCUAGUGGCUCUGUAGCUAGGGCGCCUGCCUCUCAGAGUCCUUUGGUUGGGUCUGGUCCAGCUCAGACCUCAGCACAGAGCCAGCCUGGUGCCUCAGCCUCAGCCCCAGUACACCAUACACCACCCAACACCCUCUCCCCCAAAGUCACCUCUGAGCAGAUCACACCCACCAUCCCAUCACCCACCGCUAACAACACGCCUCUGCCCCCGUUCCCAGACGGAGGAGGAGGAGGAGGAGCAGCUGCUACAGGAGGAGAGGAUGACAGGAAGAAGAAGAGGAGCAAGGAAGACAAGAAGAAAGAGAAGGAGGAGGAGAAGAGGAAAGAGAAGGAGAAGAAGAAGGACAAAGCAGACAAGGAGAGCCAGAAGAAGGAGAAGGAGCGGGCAGAGAAGGAGAAGAAAAAGGAGAAAGGGGGGAAGAAAAAGGACAGAGGGGGAGGAGAGGCAGAGGAGAAGAAUGGAGCCACAGCACCAAGAGAUUCGGCCUAGUUUCUCCUGUUAUUCCUUUACAAAGAAAACAGUCAAGGAACAAAAGAGGACAUGGAAACAAAAGACCCCCAGAAGUGGAAUGAGAGAGAGAAAAGGAGAAGGCCUCCUGUAUAGUGCAUCUUGAGGACUACAUAUAGUCAGGAUGAUUUUGGAGACAUCUGGAUCAUGGUUUUAUUAGCGCCCCAGGGAUCAUGCCCCCCCCAUACAACCCCCCCAUGCUUUCUUCGUCAAUGAGUUUGAAUAAUUAAGAUGGGACACGUUUCCUUCUCCCAAGAUCACACAACCGUUUUCUCGUUUAGUUUAUUUUAUUUAGUUUUUAUCAGACUGAAGCCGGUGGACAGACAAGCUGUUGGACAUAGAGUAGGUGGGAGUUAUAGAUUGGGUGUAAAUAGAACAUCCUAAAUCCAUGUAGGAUCCUUGAGUCGUUCCCCAUAAUGCCCUGUCAUGUCCAGUCUGUGGUCAGGUGGUCACAUGUCCAACCGGAAUGCUAGCAGAAAAAAGUAAACAAUUGAAAAAUAUCUCAAAGCCAGGCACUGAAGACCGUGAUUGCUGGUAGUACUAUGGUAUUUGGAUGGGAGGACCUAUUUAUUGUAGUGUUAAGUGUUGUGUGAGUGUGUGUGUGCCUUAGUAGCGUAGUGAGUCGUGUUACCGUUCAAUAUUGCCACCCAGUUUCUCUGCUCUUUCUCUCAUGUCUUUGUCUUCCUCUUUUUUGAGUUGCUUGUUUUCUGCCCCCUCUCUCAUCUCUUGAUCUCUAGUCCUCUGACCAGUGACGGAGGAAUAUAAUCCCAACAGGUAAAUGGAGAGAUGUACACUGCGAUAGGGAGGGUUUGUAAGGAGAGGGAGAAAUGAACAUGACAUUCUGAGACUUGACAGAUAGACAUGCUGGCACCUCCCUAACAACAUGGAGUGAUUUUCAUUUUAGAAUGUAAUUAUUAUUUUUUGUCUUUUCAAGUUUCUCUUGAGUAUGUUUAUAGUGGGGGAUGAUGAUAGAUACUGGUAGUUUAGCGAGGGAGGUUCCUUCUGCAUUCAAUGACAACUCUGAAUCUGCCCGUCAGACCAAAUGUCCAUCUGUUAUUUUUUUGCUUAUGAUAAAUUAAAUAAUAUAUAUUUUAUUUAGCCAAAUAUUAAUAAGGUUGAGGCUUUUAGUAAAUGAACCCAUUGGAAUGUGAUCUAUUUAGAGUUAUUUGAGAAACUUAAGUUGACCACUCCUGUUUGGUAGGUAGGUUGUUGAAUCUCAUCUGGAUAGUUCAUAGAGAAUGAUAGAGGCCUCUAGUGGCCAAAAGGCUGUUUUAGCAUGAGCAGGGCCAUGAGGGCUUCCACCAUUUGAAUGUAGUCAACUGGAUGGGACUUCCAACUUCAUUGACCGAUCCCUACUGGUGACCGUGUUGGAGUCGUGCAACCAGGUCAUCAGGAGGGAUCGGCCAAUCGGGAAGAAGAAAAUUGACUACUUUGAAAUGGAGAUUGCCUCAAUGAAGCUGUCACAGAUGCCAUAAUGGCACAGAUACAAUGAGGCCUCUUUCCAUAUCUAUGGGAUAGUUUCACCUCUUACACCUGCGCCUUUAGGACCCAUAGGAAGCCACUUGGUGCUGGGUGGGUCAGGUGUGCCAAUGUAGCAUUAACCUCUGAACUCUGACCUUCGGGCUCUGAUGUAUUUAUGUACAAAGUUGGUUAAUUUAAUCAGAUAUUAUAUAUGUAUUAUUCUUUAUUUUGGAUCUGACUGCUAUUUUUCUAUGCGAGUAAAGGACACCUGGUUAACUGGAAGGAUGGCUGGUGACGUGAAGCCCGGUUUAAGGAGGAUAAUAAGUAUUGUUUUUUUUUAGAUACUGGUAUGGCUGUUUUUGAUUUCAUUAUUGCACAUUUGUCCUCAUCUUCUAAGAUAACAAAUCCUAUUUGUCAUUCCAUAUUUAAAGUUUACUGUGGUAGCUAUGGGUAAUGUUAGGUCCACAAUUCUCCAUUUACCUUAUUACAGUAUUAAACCUGACAGUGAUUGAAGAACAGGGGAAUGACCAUCAACCGAUCAACUAAGAUUCACAUGAGUACUUCAGAUAUGACAUCAUUUCAGUGAGCCGAAGGUCAUAAAGUACUGUUUAAGAUACUGGGAGGCAUUUAGUCAACUCUGACAAGGGUUGUAAUUGAAGAUCUGAAGUUGUCUGUCUUUGUCACACCAGUAUGUUGUAACCAACCACCAGAAUUUACAUUUUAGUCAUUUAGCAGACGCUCUUAUCCAGAGCGACUUACAGUAGUGAAUGCAUACAUUUCAUACAUUUCAUUUCAUGCAUUUUUUUGUUGUUGUACUGGCCCCCCGUGGGAAUCGAACCCACAACCCUGGCGUUGCACACACCAUGCUGGCGUUGCAAACACCAUGCUCUACCAACUGAGCCACAGGGAAGACCAUAAUGAUGUUUUGAUAACUCCCUAACCCACUCACACACAGUGUUAUCUAACGUAUGUAUACUGUACAUUAGAUGGAUAGUGGCGGUUAGUUACUGUAACUCCAUUCCUUUGUGGAAACUGUUGAUUCUCUUAACACUGAUUCUCUGUACUGUUUUUGUAGGAGAGGAGGGUCUUUAGUGUAAUCGUAGCCAAAAUGUCCUUUUUGUUCACUAUUUGUCUUAUUUUCCCCAACUCAUGUUAUUUUUUUAAGCCCCUUCUUUCCCCACAUUUUGCUUCCAGUCUUCUCAGAAUCACUUGGAUCAGCGUAGAGUCGGCGAAGAUGACCUGAACAUGUUUAUGCAAACCUUAUUGUUCACAAAGCAUGUUGUCAAACAGCAGCACUGACGGCCAGCAAUGCCACUGCAGAGAUCAGUAAUUUUCAUGGCAAUAAUUAGAAGUUGGAGAACCCUGAGAAUGCUACAGAACCAAUCAGGAUAGAGCAAUAUUUCUCCAAGCAGGCCCUGGCUCCAUCCAAUUGGUUAGGCUCCUUAAGGUCCUCAAUUCUGUGUUGAGUCAUCAAGAGGUCAUGACAGUCAUCCUGUUAUUGCUCCCAAACUGAUCUGGAUCUGAAAUCAGUCCUCACGCCUGAAAUAGCCAGGAUCAGUCAACAGAGACGUGUAGGUCCUGAGUGCAUUUCUGCAUUGGUCCUGAAAUCCUUGAAUUGCUUUUAAUCGGGAGCGUCCCACUGAUUAGAUUUUUUUAAAGGUUGUUGCUUUUAUGUUUUUCUAUUUUGUCAUGGUUUCUCCCCAACUGUAUGUCUUUUGUUGUUUUAAGUUUACAUGGAACUGUUAUUGGUGGAAAAAUAAAAUCCUAGAUAAUGAAAUGCAUUCCUUACCUGCAGAAGAAAAUCUACACAUGAUGUAUUUAAUUAAUAAUGAUGCCAGUUGUGAUGAAUAAUAAACCAUAAUAUAUUAAAGAA